AGGAGCACGAAAAUUAAAGUACACCGUAUGUACACUAACAUAUCCUCUAAACCCGUAUAAAAUUCCUCCUAAUCCAAUUUCUUUUCCUUGCACAUUUUUCUCCUAUUGUUGCUGUUUACCCUCUCUACUAUCAACUACUGAAAUGGGCAAGAUCAAGAUUGGAAUUAACGGUUUUGGAAGAAUUGGCCGAUUGGUGGCUAGAGUUGCUUUGCAGAGAGAUGAUGUUGAGCUUGUUGCGGUCAACGAUCCGUUCAUCUCUGUUGAUUAUAUGACAUAUAUGUUUAAGUAUGACAGUGUUCACGGUCAAUGGAAGCACCAUGAGCUAAAGGUCAAGGAUGAUAAGACCCUUUUGUUCGGCGAGAAGACUGUAUCUGUUUUUGGCAUUAGGAACCCAGAAGAGAUCCCAUGGGCCGAGACUGGUGCUGAAUACAUUGUGGAGUCAACUGGAGUGUUUACUGACAAGGACAAGGCAGCAGCCCAUUUGAAGGGUGGUGCAAAGAAGGUCAUUAUCUCUGCUCCAAGCAAGGAUGCACCCAUGUUUGUUGUGGGUGUCAAUGAGAAAGAAUACAAGCCCGAACUCAACAUUGUUUCCAAUGCCAGCUGCACAACCAACUGCCUUGCUCCCUUGGCAAAGGUUAUUCACGACAGGUUUGGAAUUGUUGAGGGUCUUAUGACAACAGUCCACUCUAUCACAGCAACUCAAAAGACUGUUGACGGACCAUCUUCAAAGGACUGGAGGGGUGGAAGAGCUGCUUCAUUCAACAUCAUUCCCAGCAGCACAGGAGCUGCCAAGGCUGUUGGAAAAGUUCUUCCGGCACUGAAUGGAAAGCUGACUGGAAUGGCCUUCCGUGUGCCUACUGUUGAUGUCUCUGUGGUUGAUCUCACCGUGAGAUUGGAGAAAGAGGCUACAUAUGAUGAAAUCAAGGCAGCCAUCAAGGAGGAGUCCGAAGGAAAGCUGAAGGGAAUCUUAGGCUUCACUGAAGAUGACGUGGUGUCCACUGACUUUGUGGGUGACAGCAGGUCAAGCAUCUUUGAUGCCAAGGCAGGAAUUGCUUUGAGCAAGAACUUCGUCAAACUUGUUUCGUGGUACGACAAUGAAUGGGGUUACAGCACCCGUGUGGUUGACUUGAUUAAGCACAUGGCUUCAACUCAGUAAUUUGUAUGAGAUGCUGCACAAUGGUUAUGCAUUCGAGCUGCAAUUCAUGGUGUCACUACUACUAAGUAGUAAGAUAAAAACUAGUCGGAAUAAACGCAGCUGGAGAGCAAUGCAGUUUGUUGCGUAAGCCUAUCGUGCAUGUUUUGAUUUUAAUGGGUUGUAGACUGUUUCUAAAGGAUUUUUGUGGCUUGCAAUUUCCCAAUUCUCUCUUAUAUGCAGCGUUUUGCCUUAAAUAUGAAAUGACGAUGAACUACUUCCUAUUUAAUGGAAUGUAAAAUGCUUUAAUAAUGUGUUUGUACUUUUAUCAGUCCCUA